AUGGCGCUGAGGAGGAUCGUCAAGGAGCUCAAGGACCUGCAGAGGGACCCGCCGACCUCCUGUAGCGCAGGGCCGGUGUCGUCGAACGACAUGUUCCACUGGCAGGCGACGAUCAUGGGGCCGAGCGACAGCCCCUACUCGGGCGGCGUGUUCCUGGUGACCAUCCACUUCCCGCCGGACUACCCGUUCAAGCCCCCCAAGGUGGCCUUCAAGACCAAGGUGUUCCACCCCAACAUCAACAGCAACGGCAACAUCUGCCUCGACAUCCUCAAGGACCAGUGGAGCCCCGCCCUCACCAUUUCCAAGGUUCUGCUGUCGAUAUGCUCGCUGCUGACGGACCCCAACCCGGACGACCCGCUGGUGCCGGAGAUCGCGCACAUGUGCAAGGCCGACCGGACCAGGUACGAGUCCACGGCCAGGGGCUGGACGCACAAGUACGCCAUGGGAUGA